GACCACUUUACUGGCUGAUUAAUUUACAAUUUUGAUAAACAAAUUGUUGUUAGUUUGUGCGAACCAAAAGCAUGCAACCAACAGUCAAAUAUUGACAAGUCUGUUAGAUAUUAUUAACAUCACAAAUUGACUAAAACAUGGUGACGUUACCAACAGAAGCAGUAGCUUUCCUUGGUGCUGUAGGAUCAUUUCUGAUUGUUUUGAUCAUCUUCUUUAUGUACCUGAACAAACUGUUCUGCUUCCAGAAUUGUGGAGGAUUUCCAUGUAUUGAUCAACCUCCAAAGAAAAAGCAAUCAAGUAAAGACAAACUAGGAAGUGCUUUUGCCUAUGAGGAUGAAGAAUCGUCUAGUGAUAGCGAUGAUGAGAUGCAAAACAAGUUUCAUAAGGCACAUAGUAUAAAACGUUCAGACACACUGCACAGUAUUAAAAGUAGCAAAAGUGGUAAAGCAGGCAGGCGACUUAGUCGUAAAGAUCCUGUUGCCAGUAGCCAGGAUUCAUUAGCUGAUCAACUGGUAGACUCUAGUGAUACAGAAACUGUUGUAAAAAGAAAAGACACGACUGGCAAUGCCAUAGGAGAUAUGCCAUGUGAUUCAGGCUCACAACAGCAGUUAAUAUUUGACAAUAAAGCAUACCAGACAGAGCCAACACCAUCAUUAUCUGGAAGUGAAUAUACAGCAGAAUUACAGGAAACCACGUCCCAAGAUGAACAUUUAUUUGAUGUCAGUGACCUUCAGAAGGAACCACCUCUAAUAUCAAAAUGUGGCAGCAUAGAGAUGACCUUUUCUUACGACCCCAAACGUGGCAGAAUGGCAAUAACUGUACACCAAGCUCAGGAAAUUCCUAGUGUUGAACGUGGAGGUGCUAGUCAUGCUCAAGUUAGGAUUGUAUUACUGCCUACCAAGAAACAGAAGUUUAAAACCAAAGUCAAAUCUGGCCAGAGUCCUGUAUACCAAGAGAGUUUUGUCUUUAGUAAAAUACCACAAGAGGAAGUCCAUAGUAUGGGAAUACGUAUCCGUCUGUAUGGUGUAGAGAGGAUGAGGAGAGAGAGAAUGAUAGGAGAAAGUAUAAUAGGAUUUGCCUCAUUGAAUCUUGAUAGUGCUUCAACACAUUUUGUCAUUCUUGAACCCAGGAGUAACCUGAGUGGUGGAGAGUCCCAAUUUGAUGUUUCCAGCCUUUCAAGGAGUGACAGUGCAUCUUCUACCCAGUCCAUGCAGCAUGGCGGUAUGCCAGAAUUGUUGUUGGGUCUUGGUUAUAAUGGAACAACUGGUCGAUUGACAGUUGAAGUCAUAAAAGGAAGUAAUUUCAGAAACAUGGCCAUGAACAGAGCCCCAGAUACUUAUGCCAAACUAACCUUAAUGUCCCCAACUGGUCAGGAAAUCACAAGAAGUAAGACCUCUGUUAGAAGGGGACAGCCAAAUCCAUUGUUUAAGGAGACGUUCAUGUUCCAGGUGGCAUUGUUUCAGUUAGCUGAAGUGACCCUGAUGGUUUCUGUGUAUAACAAAAGAAGUAUGAAGAAAAAAGAGAUGAUUGGAUGGUUUUCAUUAGGGUUGAACAGUAGCGGUGAAGAAGAGCUUUCUCAUUGGACAGACAUGAGGGAAAACAAAGGUGAUCAAGUUUGUCGCUGGCACGUGCUAUUGGAGUCUUGAUUUGAACACAGGAUGUGAAUUUGUGGCAUUUUACAAAGUUAUUGUUAUAAAAAAUUCUGUUGUUUUUGUUCUCCUUUUAACAAUUUUUCUUGUCAAAAUUGCAUACUUUGUGAAAGAAAUAUUAUUACCCUAGGAAAAUUGAUAGUCAUUAAAAAAGUUUUACCUGUUUUUACAUGUUGACAAUUGUCGUCAUAUUAAGUUAUUUGGAAAACUAAAAUUGUUAUUGACCUUACAGCUAAAUAAGAUGUAUAUUUUCAUUGAAAGUUUUGUAAACUUUGACUUUAUUUGCUCUGUCUUCUUUAUUAUUGACUAAGACACUGGGUCCAGUAUCUUUCAUGCAUCAGUAAUGUUUUUAACUGAAAAAUGAAAUGUAUACUCACAUUGUUGUGAUAUGUUGUUAAUAACCGACAAAUUAAGAUAGUCCCAAUGAAAUAUUUUGAUGUUUCUUUACACAAAAUAAGCACAUAUACUCAAUACAAAUAUGAAUAUUACUAGUUAUGGAUUGGUUAUUAUAAAAUAUUAUUAAAAUAAUAAAUAGGUAAUAGAAUAUUAAUAUCAUCAAAAUGUUAAUCUCUGAAUAUAUAUAGUUUAUUUACAUAUUAUUUUUGUUAUACCUUUACCAGUAUCUUAAAUUAUACAAUUGUUUUCUUCUUUUUUUAAUUAAAGCAUAAUGUUGACUUGUUUUGUUAUACCAGUAUCUGACAUUAUACAAUUGUUUUUUUCUUCUUCUUUUUUUACUAAGUGCAUUAUAUUGACUUGUUUUGUUGUACUUUUUUUUUACAUUCUAAUGAUUUUUUUUGACAAUCUUUUAUUCUGGUUGUGGUUAAAUAAUGCUCUUGCAGUAUCCAUUUUUUUCAUUUCAUACCUAAAGUGUUCAGUUUUUUUAUAUAUGAUUUUAUAGUACAUGUAUAGAUAUAAAGCAGUGCAUAUAAUAAUAAAUAUAACCCUAUGAAUAUAUAAAUGGCCAUAUUAAGUUUCUUUACACUUUCAAUUCUUUUAUAAAGGGAGAUAAGCUAUUUUUGAAAAAAAUCAAAUUUUAAGAUUUAGAUAUCCUCAGAGAAUGCAUUGUCAAUAGGCUUAUCUACAUAAACAGCUUAUUCUCAAAUUUAUUUAUUGUACAGAAUCUUAUAAAUAUUACCAAAUGCAGUUCAAAGAUUCUAAAUACCAUGUACGGUCAAACCUGCUAUAAAAGUCAUCUUUAUCAAGCAAAAACCUGUCUUUGCAAGUGCUCUCUACCUACGCAUUUUGAACUUUAAUUCAAAGGUCGCCUCUCGUUUAAGGUCAGUUUUACUUUCUCCCCAGGGUGACCUUUAUACAAAGAUGUUACUGUUAUCAUAAAACGUAUUAUAGGGAUGUCCCUAAGGAGAGAAAUCUCUUCAAGUAAGUCAUUCAGACCUACAUUUUAUGCUCCAUUGUCUUAUAUUAUGUUUUAUUAGAGCAAAUUUGGAAGGGGAUGAAUUAGGCAAAUUGUGAUGACCUAUUAUAAAUUACAUAUGUGCAUCCUAUGUUAUUUAAGUUUAAACAAAUUACUAGAGUAAAGGCUAAAUGAUUUAAUUCAAGAAGAUGUGAUUUUACAACUGUGAUAUAAAAACUACUUACUGUUUACGCACAAAAUCAAAUAAAAAUAUGAUCAGUGUCUUUCUUUCGAGUAAAUGUUAACUCACAGAGACAAAAACCAAAGUUCCUUUAAAUUAGUGUUCAUUUUUGUUAGACUUUUUUAUAUAUAUUUCUCUUUAUUGUUAUAUUUUGUUUGUAUAGUAAUAGUUGAGAACAACUAAUGUAAGAUGUAUGUGUUACAUUGCAAUGUAAAUCAUAUAUGUAUUAACCAGUUUUCUUGCACGUGAGCAAUUUUAUUUUGAUUUAUUUUAGGCUAAUUAGAUAUGGUUGAUAUUUUGAUAAAAUUGCCAAGUAAUGACUGUUUUUAAAUAGCUUUAAAUGCAAUUGAAGUAGAACUUACAAUUUGCUAGAAAAUUGAUUUUAAACAUGUGAAUUACACUAUUAGGUAUAAAUGGUAUGUAAGUUGUAUAUUGUUUAAUCUUUUCAAACAUUCCAUAUGUCUUGUUAUUCUUAACUAUUUUUAGGGUUGUGAAAAAAUAGAGAAUGAAUGAAAUAAAUGAAACUGCCUGGCAUAAAUUGAUAAUACAAUGCUAGAUGACAUCUUUUCUCUGACAAAGCGACAUUAUUUGCUAUCUUUGUUUGGAUUAUAUUGUUAGCAUUCCAUAAGGGAUAACAUUAUAAAGGUUAUUCAAGCCAUAUGCUUGGUAAAAUUGAUAUUGAAUGUAAAUUUUCCCCACUCUCAAGGAACCAAAGUUUGCCUGAAUUUCAAAUGAGAAACUACCUUCCAAACCACACAAUUCAGCUUAAAGGAAAAAUAUUUCUAAGAAUCAAGCAUAGAUAACAGAGCGCUACAAUAAUAUUUGGAUAGUGAAUGAUUUUGUUUAUCAAAGUUACAAAAUUUUCUAACCCAUCUUAUCAUUUAUUAGACUGAAUUGUUUUGUUAAUAUUCAUGUAACACAUUUCAAUAUUUACAUAAAUUGUGACCAAAAAGUAACUUUUAGCCAAAGUCUAUUUACAGUUUACAUGUACAUGUACUCAAAACAUUCGUAUAUAUUUGAUGAAUCAUACUCAGAAUUUUAUGCAACAAUUUGAUGGUCGCAAUGGUGCAAUACAUUGAUCUACACAAAUGCACAGAGUAUAUACUCGGCAAUAUGUAUGUUAUUUCCUUGUUACAUGAGGGUGAGUGUAACUGUUUGAAUCUCACAUUUAAGCAUGAAAUAUAAAUAAUAUUUUAUAAUUAACAUAGGAUAAAAAAAAAUUGGUUGUUUAUGCUUUAAUUUUUCCUGCAAAGAAUGUAUUUUAAAUGUGUUGUAAAAUUGUGUUCUAUCCAUGUAUACAAUCAAUGAUGCAAGAUCAGAACAUAUAUUUCAUUUUACAUAGCUUUAUUUGGACUGUACUUAAAUGUGACUGUAAAUGAAAAUGGUACAUUGCCAAUGCAAAUUUAAAAUUCAUGAACAAUUGAGGAAGAUAUAUUCAUUUACAAGCUAGAAUGUUUAUAAAGUUCACUGUAAGUCAUUAGCCAAUUAAUUCCUAUUCUUUCCAAAUUUCAAUGCAUGAAAUCAAUGCUUAAAACUCUUUGGGAUGCUUAAUAAAAAGCAUUUAUGAGACCAGGGAAUUCCCUUUGAAAUCUCAACUAUGGGUUAAAAUUGCCUCUAUAGAUGGUUAGCUCAUUCUCAAAGUGCCAUCCCUGAGUACCAUAUAUGUGUUUUAAUGGAACAGCCCUUUAAACUUAUCAGACAUUUUCACUGUGAAUAUACAUGUAUUGUAGGGAUCUUUCCUAUAUAUAUCUUUGAUUUCAAUUCCUUCUCACUCCAUCUUAUUCAGGCUUUUAAUUUAGAAUUUAAUAAAACUGUUAUUAGAUAAAUUAAUAUUUGUAUUAUAUACCUAAAAAUUGCCUUGAUAAGAAUGAGGUACUAAUACACAUUGUUGUCUAUUUUGCCCUGUUAAUUAUAAAACCUGUAAAAAAUUAGGCUAGUUGUUUCAUAACUUUUAUCUGUUGUCUGUUUACAUUGUGAUAUUUUUUAUAUCUCUUUAUCUUGUUACUUCACUAUGUUGUAGAAAUACAUGCACAAAAAUUAAAGAUUUUAAGCGA